AUGAACGCUUUACUUCAGAAACAUAGGGCCAAACAUAUAUACAAAGUCCCGGAAGGAUUACGCGAACUAUGUGCCGACAUCGCACGCGAGGUUCUGCGCUCGCAACCGAGGAAUAUUUAUUGCUUCAUCGCCGAUUAUGUGGAAGCGCUCUUUAUCACGCGGGAAAAUGCAAAAGUUGCGGUGAAAGUCGUAAACAAUAUUUUACUGGGAAGCCAGGCUAUCGUGGGUAUACUUCACCGCAGCGGCUUGAGCUUAGAACAGAUCGCCCGCGCUGCGCCCAGGAUUCAGAAGGCAUUCCGCGCGUACUUGGACGCGGUAGACAUGCGAGCGGCCCAGGUGUGCAAUGACGCGACUUGCGACGCUGAGUCCAGGGUGGAGUUGCAAAGUAUCCUACGGGCGACGGGAGUCCCGCUGGAACAGGCGGAGAAGUCCGCCACGAUAAUACAGGCCGCUUUCCGCGGACACAAGCGGAUGCUGCUAAGCGAGUCCCAGGGCAUGAUUCAAUGUCAGCGCGCGGCAACGAGGACCCUCGAGAUCCUGAGGAAGGCGGGAGCUUCACAGGCGGAGGCGUCGAGAGCCGCUAUUCUAAUACAGGCUACUUACCGCGGAUACUACACGAGGAGAAAUCUAAAGAUGAAAAUGAAGACGAAAGAAGACGAAGUAAAUACGAUAGAACCUACGGAAAGCGUUCCAGCCGUAGCCUGGUUAGAGAUGAUGUAUGAGGAAUCGGGAUUGGAAAGAGCUCACGAAGCUGCGUCCGUUAUACAAGUAAAUUGAGCAAUUAAAAUGUAUUAUAUCGUGCCAAAUUUGAAGAACUAAACAACGAUAA